AUGGCCACCAGAAGAGACCCGCCGACGCGGAUAGCGUCGUCGGGCCUGCGCUCGACGACGGCAGGCAGCACGACCACAAGAACGCGACGCACCGCCCGCAUGUCCUCCAUCCGACCCCCCUUCUCCUCCUCCACCACGUCUUCGAGAUUCAACCGAGACCGAGACCGAGACCGAGACCGCGACGGCGCCGCCUCCCCCGCCCCCUCCAUGUCCUCCGUCGCCACCUCCGGGACGAAGCGUAAGGAGCGCGAUUUCGAAUCCGAAGGCGGCGGCGAGGCCACCAACAUCAACGUCGUCGUGCGGUGCCGCGGCCGCAACGAGAGGGAGAUCCGCGAGAACAGCGCCGUCGUCAUCGCCGCCGACGGCGUCAAGGGGAAGCAGGUCGAGCUCUCGCUCGGCCCGAAUUCCCUCAGCGACAAGACGUACAACUUUGAUCGCGUCUUUUCCCCGGCGGCCGACCAGAGCAUGGUGUUCGACGAUGUGGUCAAACCCAUCCUCGACGAGAUGCUCGCCGGUUACAACUGCACCAUCUUUGCUUACGGCCAAACGGGAACGGGCAAAACCUACACCAUGUCCGGCGACAUGACAGAAACCAUGGGUCUCCUAUCCGACGCCGCCGGUAUCAUCCCCCGCGUGCUGCACGCGCUGUUCAACAAGCUUGAGAUUGACGACAGGGAAAACUGCGUAAAGUGCUCCUUCAUCGAGCUGUACAACGAAGAACUACGUGAUUUGAUUGCGCUGGAAGAAGGCACCAAGCUCAAAAUCUACGACGACACGUCGAGAAGAGGCCACCUGACCACCAUGGUACAAGGCAUGGAGGAGAAACACAUCAAGAACGCCACCGAGGGUAUCAGGGUCCUCCAGGACGGCAGCUUGAAGAGACAGGUGGCGGCCACCAAGUGCAACGAUCUCAGUAGUCGGAGUCACACCAUCUUCACCAUCACCACCUUUGUCCGCAAGACGGCUGAGGACGGAUCCGAGGACCUGGUGAGCGCCGGGAAGCUCAACCUUGUCGACUUGGCUGGUAGCGAGAACAUCCAACGGUCCGGCGCCGAGAACAAGCGGGCCGCCGAGGCCGGCCUCAUCAACAAGAGCCUGCUGACCCUGGGCCGUGUCAUCAACGCGCUCGUCGACAAGAGCCAACACAUCCCCUACCGGGAGUCGAAGCUGACUCGGCUGCUACAAGACUCGCUCGGCGGCCGCACCAAGACGUGUAUCAUCGCCACCGUCUCGCCGGCGAAAAGCAACCUCGAAGAGACCAUCUCGACGCUAGACUACGCCUUCCGGGCCAAGAAUAUCCGCAACAAGCCGCAGCUCAACGCUAUGCACAAGAAGAUGCUUCUGCGCGACUUUGCCAUGGAGAUCGAGAAGCUGAAGAGCGAACUGAUUGCCACGCGCCAGCGGAACGGCGUCUACCUGUCCAACGAAGCGUACGAAGAGAUGAGCGCCCAGAGCGAGUCGAGGCGGAUCGUGCUCGAGGAGCAGACCGCCAAGCUGGAGACUCUGGAGACGAACCUGAAGAACAAGGUGCAAGAACUGUUUGCCCUGACGUCCACGUUCAUGGGAUUAAAGAAAGACCACGAAAGCACCAAGGUGCAGCUUGACGAGGCCAAGAACGUGCUCGACCAGACGGAGGUCGUGCUAGAAGCCACCCGCCGGUCGCUGGCUGAGGAGACGCACCUGCGCAGGAGACACCAGGAAACCGAAGAGAAACUGACGGCGGUCGGGGGUGAGCUCAUCGCCACGCUCGAGAAGACGGUCCGCGACGUCGGCGGCCUGCGGGCUAAGAACAGGCGCAGGUCGGACCUGCAGGCCCUGAACCGGAGUACGUGGGGCACGGCGCAGGAUACGGUGGCCGACAUCACGACCUUGGUGGAGCGGCGGAUCGAAGAGUUCCAGGAGGAGCAGAGGGGGAACAUCUCGUGCAUCUCGCAGCGCAUGGAGGAGUUUGUGAGCGAGGAGUUGCAGAAGCUCGCGUCCACGCAGACGUUCCUCGACCAGAACCUCCAGCGAUUCGAGGAAUCGAAGCGGGAACUGUUGGACCAGAAGGAGAAGUCCAAGGACGAGAUGGAUGACGUUCUCGAAGAGAUUAAGAUCGUUCGGGAUACGGUCAAGGAACAGGUCGGCGAGAGUCUGCAGGCCAUCGCCGGCGCGGCGGACAAGAUUGCCGCCGAUGUGCUGAGCGAACUCGGUACUUUCCACAACCAGUUGCAUACCUCGUAUAGCUCGCUGGGCAAGGAGUUCAAGGUCAUCUUCGAGGACCUCGUCCAUCACAUUACGCUUCAGCGCGAGGAAUCGGAUCGGCUACGACGUCAGCUCCAGGAUGCGACGAAAGCGGUGGUGGCGCAGAACGCCGACAUCUCGGCCAGUGUGCAAGAGGUGGUGGAGAAGGAGAGGAAACAGGCAGCAGAAGACAGAGAGAAUUUGCUACGGCAGAUGGCAUCACUGAUCAACGCUCAAGCGGAAACACAGGAGUCUCGACUGGCGGCCAAGGCGGCACAACUACAGAAAAGAGUGCUCGACUCCAACGUUUCGCUCGAGGGAGGCGUUGCGCGGUAUGGAAGAGGCAUGGACGAAUGGGAUGAGAAGGAAGGCCAGCUUCUCGAGACGGUGGCCCAGUCACGCGAUGCGAUGAAGGACAGGUUGCAGGACGACUGGCAGGCGGCCAACGAGCUGAGCACAUCUAUCCAGGGCACGACGAGAUCGGUCAACGCAGAAACGAUGCGGGUGGUGGGCGAACAGCGAGAGAAUCUCGACAUACAGAUGGAGGCGCUGGACGACUUUGUCACGAGGGCCCGUUCCGAGAACGCAACUCAUCACGAGAGGCAUGCGGCUGCGAUGGGUAGCCUCUCGGGCACGGUCGAGCAGUCGUUCGACAACAUCUCGUCCCACUUCAAGACGACGUUCGAACGGGUCAAGGGCCUCGGAACGGAAAUGGAGGAGCAGACAGAAGAGGCCGACCGGAACCUCGAGCCGCUCGGGGAGCAAGUCUGCGAACCCCUGUGCGACCUCCGCGAGGAGAUCAUGGCCACGACUUUCAAGGAGUACGAGCCGACAGGCGACACUCCUGUCAAGGUUCAGUAUCAGUACCCGACCGACUUGCCCAGGACAGAGUCGCACGGGAGACUGCUCGCCGAGCUCAACGGCACCUCGUCAUCCCGGCGAAAGCAUGUAGAGGGACCCGCCGUGUUUGCCGACGACUCCGACGGCUCCGACGGCUCCGACGGCUCCGGCGGCUCCGACCAUCCCGACCUGUUCCGCUCCCCCCCCCUGCUUCCACCUCCAUCUCCUCCUCUUGUGUCCACUGCAGCCGUUUCCCCUACCAUCAAGACCCGCGCAUCGGCGGGCGGGAUCCUUUCGGACCAAAGACAGCCCACUACCAACCCUCCUCCGGUACCGCCUUUCAGCAUGAGCCUGCGCGAGGUGAACCCUAACCUGACGAUGCCCCUCACAACGGGCUCCCUGCUGUUCGACAAGUCGGAGACCAAGACGGCAGCUGCUACUGUUAUUGCUACCACCGGGGCGACGGACGAGAACACGGGCUCUCUGUCCCGUCGUCAUCCGAGGCAGCAGUCGAAGAUGCCCACGUAUAAGGGGCAGAAUAGCACGGUCCACGUCUCGCUUGAUGGGAGGGAAAACAUGCCGCCGACGGAGUUUACGCAUAGUUUGGGACCGAGGAGGAAGAGCCCUAGACUGAAUUAA